UUAUUUCCCUUACUUUCGGCCUUUGUUUUCAAUAGAAAGCAGUAGUAAUAGGCUGCCCAUAGCCCAACACAACAACACACAUUCUCCUCAUCCUCUUCUUUCUUUCCUUCCAUCUCUUUGUCUCGACAAUCCUCUUUUAAGCAAAACAUAUUAUUUGCUAAUUAAGCACUUUCACCCAUGGAAAUUCCACAUCAACAGCAACGUCAGCCUUCGAUGAAAUCAAGAUUUAGACGUGUCUGUGUGUUCUGUGGCAGCAGCCCCGGCAAGAAUCCUAAUUACCAGCAUGCUGCUGUUCAGCUUGGCAAACAACUGAUUUUGCAGGUUGAAAGGAACAUUGACUUGGUUUAUGGAGGAGGCAGCAUUGGUCUCAUGGGCUUGAUCUCUCAAGCUGUAUAUGAUGGUGGCCGCCAUGUGUUGGGAGUUAUUCCCAAGACUCUUAUGCCAAGAGAGAUUACAGGGGAGACUGUGGGAGAAGUAAGAGCUGUAUCAGGUAUGCACCAACGCAAAGCUGAAAUGGCUCGCCAAGCUGAUGCAUUUAUAGCCUUACCAGGCGGGUAUGGAACCUUGGAAGAACUCUUGGAGGUCAUCACUUGGGCUCAAUUGGGAAUCCACGAUAAACCGGUGGGGUUGUUGAAUGUCGAUGGGUACUACAACUCCCUUCUAUCAUUCAUAGACAAGGCUGUCGAUGAAGGAUUCGUAACACCAGCUGCCCGACACAUUAUUGUUUCAGCCCACACUGCCCAUGAACUCAUGUGCAAGCUUGAGGAUUAUGAAGCUGAGCAUUCUGGGGUGGCGUCAAAGCUAAGUUGGGAGAUGGAGCAGCAACUGGGCUACCCAAUAAAGUCUGAUAUCUCUCGCUGACUUGAUCAGAUACUCCUAAACAUGAUGGAGAAGAAAUAUUGACCAUAGAUUCUGGAAAAUCUUUCUAGAUGUGAGCUCCAUUAAGAAGUGCCACCACAGUUUCUUUUAGUUAGCUGUGUGUGUGUGGAUGAUGAUAUGAUUUUUAAAUUUUAAUUUUUUCCUUGUUUUUUGUCAUUAUUUUUAUUCUAUUUUUGAAUUAGAGUUUUACCAGUGAGUUUAAUUAUUACUAGUUUCCUA